GUUGCGUCGGGUUCAUACAGUAGUUUCCCAUCCAGGGCCUAGAGGGUUGAUACCCGUAGCAGCUCUUUUUGAAGGUUCUAUGUGGCCGCGAGAGGCGGUCAUUCUCAUCACCCUGCCCGACAGCGUCAUGCUCCGCAUGUGUAGUUUCUUUCCGUGGCCACCUCGGCUCACAUCUUUUCACGCGAGAAAUUGCCCAAGACGUCCCUGGCUCGGCCCUGCACGACCUGCCGCCACGCUCCACAGCGGGCCAUGCCGCGCGCGUCAGCCUUGAUCUUCGCUUCCCUCGGCGUCGCCUCGGCCGCGGGUGUGGCGCCAGUCUGCGCGCGGGACUCAGCGCUGCUCCAGGCCAGGGCAACCGUGAGCCACAGCCCGCACGAGGGCCACGUCAGGGUCGAGCGCCAGAUGGUGGGCUGCUUUCCCCGUGCUGCCGGCGACAUGGACGACCAGCAAAGUUUCCAGGACACGACGUGCGUGAGCGCGGCGAGGCGCAACAGCUCGCUGGAGCCUUGCCGCAGCGGGAUGCCUUUCUUCCGGCUCCCCAUGCAGAAGGAGCAGUCUGCCUCGGAUUGUUUCAUGUUCUGUCUCUCCAAGGGCCUGGACCUCGCGGGCCUCGUGCAUAGCGAGCGCGCGGGGCUCUCCGAGUGCCGGUGUGGCGCCACGAGGGCCAACAGGGCGGCUUGGCACGAGUUGACGCCACCUCCUGGGCUGCUCUUGCCGAACGGCUCCGUCGAUCCAGACGACAACGAGCACUGCGAAAUGUUGGUGUGGCAGUACACGGGGCCUCUGGAGGACGGGGCAGUACCGACGGUGCUCACGGAGCUGAGCACGGGCGACGAGGCGUACAUCGACGGGAUUGCAGUGGGCGUGGACCCUCAUGAGAUCACGGAGGAGGAUGGGGCCGGCGAAGGGACCCCGACGGUGCACCCAGACACGUUGGCCAAUUUGUCGCUCCUAAGCGCCAAAGGGUUGUGUGAAGAUCAUACCCAGACGGGCGUCGGGAACAACAUGCCUUGCUCCCAGGCCAAGACCUGGUGCAACGCCGCAGGCGCUCUUGGCUUGGCCGUGCGCGGCGCCUGCCCCUUCAGCUGCGGCCUCUGCACCCAAGCCUACGGCUGGAUGCCGUGCUACCCCCACCCUUGCAGCCCCGGGGGCGGGCCUUGGACGACCAAGGUCGGCAACGUGGUCAAUAUCAACUACUACUUCGACAACCUCGACGCGGACAGACAAGCAGCAUUCAACAAGGCCAAGGACGAGUGGGAGUCCAAGACGUGCGUGAGGUUCACAUAUAGCUCCGCUACACCGUGCAUGAGGAUCACGGUCACCAACCAGGCAACGUGCUCUGCCUUCGUGGGGUUCCCUGGCUCGGACGGGACUCUUGACGUGAACCUCGGUUGGUGCAACAGUUUGACUCAUUGGGGCAACAUUGCUCACGAGCUCGGCCACGCGCUGGGCAUGAACCACGAGCAGAACCGGCCCGACGGCCCAGGCCAGACCAACACCCCGGCGGGGUGGAAGGGCCCCCAUCUGCGAGUGAAGUGGCAAAACAUCGAUACGGUUUGGAGGCCCCAGUGGGAGGGCCAAAAGCGCAGCUACUAUGGCUCCCAGACCGCUGGCUACGCGGCGUACGACUACGGAUCGAUCAUGCACUACGGCCUGGGGGACAACGCCGACGCCACCAAUUCUGCCUGGCAGAGCGUUCCAGGGCAAAGAGAUGGGCUCUCCGCUGGCGACAUCGCCCAGUUCCAGGACAUGUACCAGUGCGGCUCGGCUGCGCCUGCGCCUGCGCCUGCGCCAGCGCCGACCCCUCCCCCGCCGACCCCAGGGCCUGCGCCCGCCGGGUGCGUGGACAGCACCGAGAACCCCUGGGGCCAGUCCUGCGCCGCGUGGCUGGCGCAGGGCGCGUGCGCUGUGUCGAAUGGCAUCCGGCAGCACUGCAAGGUGAAACCCCUGGGGCCAGUCCUGCGCCGCGUGGCUGGCGCAGGGCGCUUGCGCUGUGUCGAAUGGCAUCCGGCAGCACUGCAAGGUGAGCUGCCAGCAGUGCAAUCAGGCGCCGACCCCCGCUCCAGCGGGCGGUGCUGGCUGCACCGACAGGCAGGGGCAGUUGUCGUAUGGGUAUACCUGCCCCCAGUGGGCGCUAGCGAGCCACUGCGCUGGGUCGCAGACGAUUCAGGCGGAUUGUCCUGGGAGCUGCGCAGAGGUCGAAAAGGUCACCUACGGGUACACGUGCGCGCAGUGGCAUGGGUGGGGGCAUUGCGCCAACUCGGAGACGCUGAAGGCCGAGUGCCCCCACAUCUGCGGGCAAUGCCGGUAGAUCCAGCCGAGGGGAUGCCGAGUUCUACUGAGCCGUCAGCAGCGCACGCCCCGCCCUCUGGCCCCCGCGCCCUGCGCCAACGGCUGCACCGACAUGCAGGGGCGGACCCACGGGCAGACCUGCGACUGAUUGAACAUUCCUAUUUCUCGCGCUGCGAAGGUUUGUCGAGGCUCAGCAGGGGACUCCACCCGAAGUUUGGCGGGGUCGAGCCUUAGAGGCGACACUGCACAAACGCUGCCAGUCGCCUCCUGCACGCCCGAAUUCGUGAUUCGGCUGGGGCACAAAGACCUCAGGCCUAGUCUUCCUGCCAGGGUCGUAAUCGUAAUUAUCUUUUGCGGUCUAUGAGCUCCGUAGUCGGUAUCCCAAAAGCUGUGUCCUCUGCCGCCCCCCCGCGCCCCAGGCUGAG